AGCUCUUUCUCUCUGCUGCUCCCGCUCUCAAUAUUUCCUCUCUUCCGGACAAGAAUUUUCCCGGUCGUGAUUUGUGGUUCCCCAUAUUUUCCUAUUAUAUCCCCAAUUGAACUCAUUUUUUCGCACCCAAUCAUAACUCUUGAAAAUCUUGAACAACUAUCUGUACUAUUGCUUCUGUAUCAUUUUUGUUUGUCUUCGAAGAAAAAUAAGCUCAACGAAAUCAACAUCCCUUUAUUUUCGAGUAAGAUUUUUUUUUUUUUAAAUUUUGCUUUGAAAUAAAACCAUGUCGCAGCAGUUCGCCGCUCUCACCGCACAAGCCACAGCGCAGGCGCAGGCCGUGUUGCAGCGUGUCAAUUUCCUCACUGACCCGGUGAUUCUGCAAGCAUCCAUGGCUAUGGAACCAGUAUUCAGACAAUACACCAUGGUCAAAGACCAGCUAAAUGCCAGAGUCUUGCAACCUGCCACAGGAAUCUUAAUGCCGUAUGCACAGCCUGUUGCACAGCAAUUAAAUGGAAGCGCCCUGGGAACAACGGUCGGCAUCACCGUCUCAGCAGACACCUUGGUUUUACUCCUGGUGCUUUUUCUAGCAGGGAUUCUAUUGGGCAUUGGGUUGGGAGCGUUGAUCGCUAUGGUGCAAAAGCUUUACGAAGAUCGCUGUUUCACUUUUUAUCGUGACAUCAAGAGUUACGAAAAGAACAAGUCUCAGUCUGAUGAAACGAGUCCCAAAGGAACAGGACUUCGCGACGUGAAACCAAAUGUGAAUGGAGCCGGUAAAAAAUUGGAGCCACUGAAUAAAAACAAAAGUAUUGUGGUCAACGAGCCUCGUAAGAAGGAGGACUUGAUGGUGAACGAGGACUUGGUGAACAAGAACUCUGAAGAAGCUGUGGGUGGGAGCAAAGAUGAAGCUGAGAAAGACGACGAUCGUGAUACUGGCAUUGACGGGAGGGAUACGAUUCGUCCUGUCGGAGCGGUGCUGGAUGGUACAACAGAGCUGUCUUCACCAACUACAUCUUCCAAAGUAAAAGCUGAAAGGACUCUGAUCAUCGCUGACAAUAAGAGCGUUACACUGUGCAAUGACGAGCAUUUUUCCAGGGUGCGUGAACGUUGCGGUUUAAGAAACGACUUCUUGAAGAACGAAUUCGAAUUUACCCCUGACUUCUUCGAACCCCAUGGUGGCAAAGGUGGAGAAUUGAUGUGCUUCACACGCAGUCGCAAGUUCAUUGUCAAGCAAAUGUCUCCUGGGGACCAUCAAACACUGCUCGAAAUCGCCAAGCAGUACGUGGAUCACGUGCUUGGCGGUCAAACUCUGCUGACCUUGAUGCCAUUGCACUUCACGUACGAAAAGCGGCCUUAUCUCGUCAUGAUCAACUGUCUGGCCAAGAGCUACUCUGCCAAAGCAACUGCUUCUCCGCGUGACAGCUGGGAUUUGGAGAAUUUGUUAUCUUCCGAAAACGGCGGUUACGAUUUUCUCUAUGACUUGAAAGGGUGCGACGACGACAAGUUGAUGAUGCGAGCGGGGAAGAAAAUCGCCGCUGUGCGCAAGAGGAUUUGGCAUAUCUGGAUGUGGGGAGGCAAGUGCUUCUGGUCUGACAAGCGCAGAGAAUACUACCAUUAAGGGCCGUUGCCACAUUAAUGCCAAAUUCUGGUAUUAUUUGGCAUUUAUUCUUUGGUAACCUGAUUUUGAUCAUGAGGAAACCAAGAAGGGGAUCCUUGUGAUCGAAUUCAGGCUAUACCAAAUACCAGAGACAUACAGAUUCUUCAUUGCCAUCUUCCUUGACUUGUGUUCCAGUAGGAAAAGGGUCAGGGAUGAUGAGCUGAAGAAUCAUGCAAUCAUGUUGCAACCUCUAAGAUCAGGAGAAAGUCGCUGCUCGUGCCUGGAAACUCGACAACGUGCCGGAGAACGUCCGUGGUGUCGUGACUGCCGCGAUUCGACGGGACUGUGAGGAAUUUUUAAUGCCGCUGGGAUUGAUGGACUACAGCUUGAUUGUGGCUGGCAAGAAGUUGAGCAAAGCUGAUCAACUGCCAUCUUCAGCGGUGAUGAAUGACAUCACGUUGAACAAGAUACCCACAAGUCCACAAAACUGGAGAUGCCCGAUUCUGGUUACGCCUAAAAAGAUUACAGGUACAGGAGGCUCUCAGAUGAACAAAGGACAAGCAGAUGGCAAAAACAAACAAGAUGGUAAAAACAAAACCACAGCUUCAGCAGCACCAAGUACACCGCCAUCUCGUGACACCUUCCAACCAGACGAAGUACUUGUUCUCAGUAUCGGCAUCAUUGACUUUUUGCAACGGUGGACAGCGAUAAAGCGUGUAGCGCAAUGCGUGAAGGUUAUGGAGCGAGACAAAGCUACGAUUCCUCCAGAGGCUUAUGGACGCAGAUUCGCAGAUCGGAUGUGCAAGAAAUUUCUUUCAUGAUUUCAGGAAAAGGAAAAAACACCAUAGAAGGGUGAAGGUGUAGUUAGCAUCAGAGAUCUAGCUAGGCAUGCUCAGGCAGGAUGACGUAAAUCAUCUGGUCUGGUGAUCAAAAAUUGAACAGAUGUGAACAGAUGCAAAGAGGAGGCGGAAGUAACUCUGUUUUAGUACGCAUUUCAUAAAUUUCCCUUCGCUGGCUCGCGACACGGCAGAGAUACAUUAGACGUUUACAAGUAAGAAAUUGAACAAAAAAUCGACCAACAUCAUCAUCAAGAAAUUGAACAAAAAAUCGACAUAAUCAACUACAUAUGCUGGUAGUUAUAAAGAUAGUAUGCUCCUACCGAAUACGACGUCAAUAUCUAUAGGAGUAGGAAAACGAUUUUAUUUUUAGGAAGAUUGAACUCUUAUUUUUUCAUGAAAUUUGUCCGUGG